GGUUCGGUCCUGGUUCGGUCCUGGUUUGGUCUUGGUUCGGGGUCCUGGUUCGGUCCUGGUUCGGUCCUGGUUCGGUCCUGGUUCGGUCCUGGUUCGGUCCUGGUUCGGGGUCCUGGUUCGGUCCUGGUUCGGUCCUGGUUUGGUCCUGGUUCAGGGAUGCUGCCCGCAGACUCCGCCCCUCUGACCUCUGACCCCAGGCACACUGCAGACUCCGCCCCUCUGACCUCUGACCCCAGGCACGUCGCCAUGGAGACGUACUGGAGGGAGGUGCAGAGCAUCGAGGAAGAGGAAGAAGAGGAUGAAGAGACAAAGAGUCUGGACGAGCUGGAGCUGGAGGAGGCGUGGCUGGUUCAGUCCGGCCUGUCAGCUUUGACCCGAGACCCAGACCAGGACCGGGAUCUGGACCGGGAUCUGGACCGGAAUCUGGAUCAGGACUCUGAGGACCCCCCGGAGCUCAGGGAGGCGGGGCCGGUGGAGGCGCUGUUGUCCACACUGACGCGGCGCCAAACCGACACCGUGCGGCGCCGACUCGACAACUACACCCACACACUACGGCAACGCAACCGACCAAUCAGAGACGUGCGCCACAUCUUCACCCAGACUGAUUCUGAUUCUGAUUCUUCGAUUCCUUGUGAGUCUCCAAAACGAUUCCACACAACAACUCGGACGAUUCGCCGCCACAACGGCCGAGAGCCAUGA